GUGUCUAUGAUCCCCAAAUUGGUGAGCUGACUAGAAGACGAACAACGCAUAAUAAUACUGGUUUGAACAUUCAUUCAUUCAGCCGCAAUUCAAAGGUAAAAAGAGUUGGGGAUGGGGAAGAAUCAAGCAUACAAGGCGAUGCAAAGAUCAAGGGUUGGGUCCACCUCUGGAACUCCCGAUGAUGUCGAGGACGGCAUGGUGGAUGGUUCAUUUCAUUCACCAGAGUGGCAUGCAGCUCGUUUGGCUAGCCUCAAAACUUCCCAUACUGUUACCUGGGAAGAGUACAAAAAGAAGCAAAAGGAAGAAGAAAUUAAAAAGGGGGAGCUAGAAGCUGAUAAAGAUAAAAUGAUGCGAGAAUAUCGGGCUCAGCUAGAUGCAGAACGCGCAACUAAGCUUGCUCAUGGAAGAAACCACUCUAAAGAUAAAUUGACUCAUAGAAAGGAUAAGAAGGAUAAAGAUCUGAGAAAGCGCUCCAACAAGAAGAGAAAGGUUAAGUAUCUGAGGAAAUCUUCAGAGCCUAACUCUUCGGGUUCAUCAUCUGAAUCUUCAAGUAGCGAUGAUGAUUCCAGAGAAUCAAAAAGGUCAAAAUCAAGAUCUAGAAAGAGGAAAGACAAAGGCACAAGUCAAAAUCCAAGUAUUUGAGCGGUGAUGAAGAGGCAGAAGGGCCCUUGCCACUUUCGAGGUUCUUUGGGAGCACAAAAACCUAGCUAUGUUUUGGCAUCGUCAAGUUUAUGGUUUUGAUUUUUUACAUGUCAUCUGUAAUCAAAGCAAAUGAUGUAAUGCCAAAUCAUACUUUUCUGGCGUCUUUAAUACAGUAUAUGACUGGGUAUUACAGCA